AUGGCAACAAUACUAACUCGACGUUUAACAUCGAAUAUUUCAUUGACUAAUAAUCGACAAUUUUGGAGUUGGCUUAAUUUUGUUUGGAACAAAUAUGAUCGAAAACGUGUUCAAGAAAUUGGUCCUGAUCGUGCUUGUGCUGAAUGGUUAUUACGAUGUAGUGGUUCAGUACGUUUUAAAAAUUGGAAUUCAAUAACAUCAGAUUAUAAUGCUAUACCAAGUGGUGGAGCACCAGAACAAUGUAAAAUUGAAGAAAUUCGUGCUAUUAAAGCUUGUAUUACAUCUGAUGGUUUUGCUUAUUUAGAUGGAUUAACUGAUUUGAAAAAAAUUCAUUUAGAAAAAUGUGAUCAAGUUGGUGAUGGUUCAAUUAUACGAUUUAAAAAAGUUAAUAAUACAUUAGAAUCUAUAGCAUUAAUUGAUCUUGUUCAAAUAAGUGAAAAUGGUCUUGGUAAUUUAACUGAUUUAAAAAAUUUAAAACAAAUCAUUUUGGCACGUCUACCAGGUAUUAAAAAUCGUGAAGGUAUAAUCAAAUUAUUGCAUAAUGAAUUACCAAAAUGUACUGUUAAUUAUGAUGAUGAUUAUCCACCUGCUCCUGAACUUAAAGAUAAAUGA